CUCAUUCAUCUCAUGACAACAAGGCUCCGUUUGGCCGCCCACACGCUUCGCCUGCCUCGGCGUGCGCAGCACACGCUGGCACGUGCGCAGCACACGCUGGCAAGCCUCCCGGCGCGUGUGCGCAUCUACGAGCUCGGUGCGCGCGACGGCUUGCAGAACGAGCAGCGGAUAGUCGAUGCAGCCACCAAGAUUGAGCUGAUCCACCGGCUGGCGCGAAUGGGCGCGUCAUCGGUCGAGACCACCUCCUUCGUCUCCGCCCGCGCCGUGCCGCAGAUGGCCGACUGCGAAGCCGUGAUGGCGGGCGUCGAGCAGCGCGAGGGCACCGACUACCCCGUCCUCGUCCUGAACCUCAAGGGCUUUGAGCGCGCAAAGGCAGCGGGCGCGCGCUCGAUCGCGGUGAUGGCGGUGCCGUCGGUCACAUUUGCGCGAAAGAACAACAACUGCACGCCUGCCGAGACCGUCGAGCGCGCCGCGACGGUCGCCGCUGCAGCCAACGCGGCGGGGAUGCGUGUGCGCGGGUACGUGAGCUGCGCGCUCGGCUGUCCGUUCGAGGGGGCGAUGGAGCCCGCGGCGGUGGCCGACCUGGCCGAGGGGCUGCAGGCGGCGGGCUGCCACGAGGUCUGCCUCGCCGACACCAUCGGCACCGGCACGCCCGGGAGCAUGCGCGCCCUCCUGCUCGAGGUGCUUCCUCGCGUCCCUUCCGACCAGCUCGCGGUGCACUGCCAUGACACCUACGGCCAGGCGCUCGCAAACAUCUACGAGGCGCUGCAGCACGGCGUGAGCGUGAUCGACUCGUCGGUGGCGGGGCUCGGCGGCUGCCCCUUUGCAGGGCCUGGCGCCUCCGGCAACGUCGCCACCGAGGACGUCGUCUACAUGCUCGACGGGCUCGGCAUCGAGAGCGGCGUCUCCUUCGAGCAGGCGGUCGAUGCGGGCGAGUUCAUCGUCCAGGCCUUGGGGCGACACAACUCGUCGCGCGCCGCGGUCGCUUUCCAGCGGCGCGGUCGGCCCUCCGGCAGCGCCGCCGCUAGCCGGCCGGGCGGCCGCCUCCCGGGGGAGAGCUGGAAGCAAGCGGCGGACGAGCUCUCCGAGCCGCCGGCAGAGGCGCCGCCGCGCCGACUCUUCCCCUACGGGCCUCUCUCGAGCGUGCGGGGCGACGCGGUCUGACGGCGACGGGCGGCAUUUGCAUCCUUGCCUUGGAUAUACACCCCGGACGUGGACGUUUUUUUGCACUUUGCGGGGAGACAGUGCUCAGAGCCCGAUGAGAUACUGAGGCUUGGGUAGCUGGAGGGCGCACCAGCUAAAGCCGUAGCAGCACUCUUGUGUGAGCACGCUAGUCGCUAGACGCUACUUCUUCCUUUUGAGACUUGGCUUGAGAGAGUUC